AUUUAAUUAAAAAUGUUAUCAAAAUAUGUCGUUCAAAAUAAGGAUGUUGCAGUUAUAGGUAUAGGUUUUAGAGCACCAAGUGGUAGUUUGUCAAAAUCAAUUUCAAAUACAAAUCAAUUAUGGGAUAGCUUGGUUAAUGGUUUUGAUGGUAUGGUAGAAACAUCUGAAAGAUGGUCUGAUAACUAUUGUGUCGCUGGUGAUAUUGCUUGUAAAUAUGCUGGUCUUAUUCCACUUGAUGAAUGGAAGUCGUUUGAUCCAAUUUUCUUUGGAAUCAAUCCAAGUGACGAACAUGUCAAUACAAUCGAUCCACAACAAAGAUUAUUGUUAAAGUGUACAUGGGAAGCAUUAGAAGAUAGCGGUAUUGAUCCAUCGGCAUUAAGAGGCUCAAAUACAAGUACAUUUAUUGGCGCAUCAACUGUAGACUACGAUACAACCAAUAGAUCACCUUUUGAAAUCCAUAAAAAUAUUUUUGGCGGGUCACUACAUUCAAUAUCAAAUAGAAUAUCAUACUGCUUUGAUUUUCGUGGUGAAUCUAUGACAAUCGAUACUGCAUGCAGUUCAUCAUUAAAUGCAAUACAUCUUGGUUAUAAAACUGUAAAAUGUGGUCAAUCUGAUGUAUCUAUUGUAGGGGGUGUUAAUCUAAUACUUGACCCAAGUACAUCAAAAUCAUUUUCUCAUUUAUCAAUGUUAAGUCCAACUGGAAAGUGUCACUCAUUUUCAUCUGAUGCAGACGGAUAUGUACGUUCUGAAUGUGUCGGUGUUGUUGUAUUGAAGAGUUUAGAAAAAGCAAUCAAAGAUGGUAAUAACAUUUAUUGUGUUAUCAAAGGUUCAAGUUCAAAUGUAGAUGGUAACUAUGAUAAAUCAAACUUUUAUUCACCAUCAAAAUCAUCACAAUAUGAAAAUAUUAAAUCGGCAAUCGAAUCUACCAAUGGUCAAAUCAAUGCAUCUGAUAUUGACUAUGUCGAAUGUCACGGUACUGGUACACCAACUGGUGAUCCAAUAGAACUAGAAGGUAUUUCAAGAGUAUUCAAAGAUACCAACAAACAAGUUUUAAUCGGGUCUAUCAAAUCAAAUAUUGGUCAUGGUGAAGCAUCAUCAGGUAUAAUGUCAUUCAUUAAAUGUUGUGUAAUGUAUAAAAACCAAUCAUUUGUACAAAAUAUCAACUUUAAAUCACCAAAUCCUGAUAUUAAAUUCAAUGAGUGGUGUUUAAAAGUUGUAACUGAACCAACACCAUUUUACAAAAAUAACAAAAACACUGUUAUGGCUAUUAAUAACUUUGGUAUAACUGGAUCGAAUUGUUGUAUAAUUUUAUCAGAAUACAAACAAGAUAUAAUUAAAAAAGAUUUUAAUUAUAAUAAAAAGUAUUUAAUACCAUUCUCAUCAAACUCAUCAACAUCACUUGACAAAUACAAACAAAUUAUUAUGGAUCAAUCAGACACAUUGGAUUUUAAUAACUUUGUAAAUAAUCAAAUAAAAUAUAAACCAACAUCACUCGUUCAAAGAUCAGUUAUUAUUGCAAGUGAUUGGGAAGAAUUUAAAGAUCCAAAAAAUGAAAUCAAAUCAUCCAAUCCAAAUACACUUUCAAAUAUUUCAGUUAAAAAAAACAAUCCAUUAACAGUAUUUGUAUUUUGUGGUCAAGGAUCACAAUAUAAUCGAAUGGCAUUAGAACUAUAUGAAAAUGAAACAAUAUUCAAACAAUGGGUAGAUAAAUUCGAUAAUGAACUAUUCAAAUACUAUGGGUACUCUGUUUUACAAAAACUAAGAUCAAUCGAUGAUAAUGAUACCAAAUCAGUACACGAUCAUACUAUUGCUCAACCAUCAAAUAUUAUGAUUCAAGUAUCAUUAUUCGAACUAUAUAAACACUGGGGUAUCAGAUCAGAUCUAAUCGUUGGUCAUUCUCUUGGUGAAAUAUCAGCAUCAUAUUGCUCUGGUAUGAUUGACUUUGAAACAUUAUGUUAUUUAGUAUACCACAGAUCGGUAGCUCAAAAUAAAACAACUGGUACUGGAAGAAUGCUAUCUGUUAAUAUAAGUGCAGAAGAAUAUAUUUCAAAUUAUUCAUCAAAAUAUCCAAAUGUCGAUAUUGCUUGUUACAACUCACCAUCAUCAAUUGUAGUAUCAGGUAAAGAACAUUUAAUAAAUGAAAUUGCAGCUGAUUUAAAAUCAAAAGAUAUAUUUUGUGCAAUGUUAGGAACAUUUUCAUCCCUCCACACAUCAAGUCAAUUAGUUAUUAAAGAUGAAAUAUGUUCAAUGAACAUUAAAUCAAAACAAUCAACAACACCAAUAUUUUCAACAGUUACAACCAACCUUUUUAAUCACGAAACAACACCAUUUAAUUCAGAAUAUGUAUUUGAAAAUGUUUUACAACCAGUAAGAUUCACUCAAACCAUUUCAAACAUAUUUAAAUAUAUAAAAAAAAAAAACAGUGGUAUCGAGGUAACAUUUAUCGAGGUUUCGCCACACCCAACACUAUCAUUCUAUUUAAAUCAAAUGAAAUCAACACAAUCACCAUAUUUUAAUAAUGGAGAAAAAAUAACUAUUCACUCACCACUUCACAAAAAGAAAAAUGAUUAUGAUGAAUUUUUAAAUACAAUUUCAAAACUUUAUGUUAACAACUCAUUUAAUAUAAAUUUCAAAUCACAAUUAACUCAACAAAACCAAAAUAUUUAUAUUCAUAAAUCUAUAAAAAAACUACCAUUAUAUCAAUGGGACGAUAAAGUAUAUUUCAAACAAAAUCCAGCAUAUGAAAAAAUAAAAAAAGAAGGACCUCCAAUUCAACAUCUAGGUGUUACAAAAGAAUUACCAUCCAAACCAUAUCAAACUUAUAUAGAUACUAAAAAACAACCAUUCCAAUGGUUAAAAGGACAUCAAGUAAAAGGUAAAAUCAAGUUCCCAGGUUGUGGAUAUAUCAUCAAUUUAUUCAACAUUUAUCCAAAUCAAGAUAUUACAAUCAGUUCAAUCGAAUUUAAAACACCAUUAGUAUUACAAGAUGAUGUUAGUCAAUGUCUACAAACAACUAUUAAUACACUUUCAAAAAAUGAAUACAAUGUCAAAUCACACUUUAAAGAUACAAUUUCAAAUCAUUGGAUAUUAUGUUCUGCUGGUAACUUUAGUUUAUUCAAACAUGGUAACGAAAUAAAUCGAAUAAAUAUUGAUGAAAUAAGAAAUAAAUGUAACUUUACUAAACUAUCAAAAUCAGAGCUUUACGAAUCAAUUAAAAUCAAAACCGGAUUAACAUACAAAGGUUUAUUCCAAGGUGUCAAAGAAUGCUAUGUUGGUAAUAAUUGUUCUCUAUCUAUUGUAUCAUUAAAU